AUGGGUCACAAAGGCCGUGACGAAGCGGACAUGGCCCGACAUGGUAAGAAGCAGCGACUACACAGAAACUUCGGCUUCCUAUCUAAGUUAAGUUUUAUGACAACCAUGAUGCGUACCUGGGAAGCUGUAUUAACUUCUGGCAUUGCGAACCCGACCGCUAUGUUUGAUGGAGGCCCAGCGACAUUGGUGUACGGAUAUAUCUUUUGUUGGUUUGGCGCUCUGGUGACAGCGGCCUCAUUGGCAGAGAUGGCCUCCAUGGAAUAUCACUGGGUGUCCAUGCUGGCUCCCAAAUGUUACGCUGUCUUUUUGAGCUGGAUCACCGGAUGGGUCGAUAUGAUCAGAUGCGUGACAGUCACCCAAGGUCUGUUAGUAUUGAAUUACCCUAGCUAUGACCACAAACAAUGGCACGGAGCCUUGAUGUUUGCAGCAUCAUUGGUCUGCGUGGGGAUGAAUUCCGUCGGCGCAAGAGUACUACCGAAAGUAGGGGGCUUGAUUUUAUUCUACUUUGUGUUUGAGACCUUUAUCAAUAGCUCUAGGUGGAGCAGUGCCGGCCUCACCUGGCUGAUCGGAUUGAUGGGGACAAAUCUACCUUUCAUUGCUGAAGAGGUAGUCAAUGCCUCCACCAUCGUUCCAUGGACUAUGAUCUGCGCUGUCAUAAAUCGUACUCUCGGGUUUGCCAUUGUGCUUGCGUUCUUGUUCUGCCUCUUUAUGGCGGCUAUGCCCAUCGCUCUGUCCAUCUGCGCGUCCUUCGGAUUCCUGGCCUCGACGUCGCGCCUGACAUGGGCAUUGGCCCGAAACAGAGCGCUACCCUUCUCCGACUUCUUUUCUCACGUCAACCCAGGUUCGGCCCUCCCCCUACGCGCCAUCUGCCUCUUGACGAAAAAGAUCAAGGGAGACCCGAACCCAUACGGCCCAUGGCGCCGCGGUCGCCUCGGCCUCUUGGUCAAUUUCUCAUCCAUGGACUUUCUCCUCAUCGCCAUCUUCUUUUCUUUCUUCCCUAAUUCUCUGUUAGUCACAGCAGAGAAUAUGAACUGGUCGAUCGCAAUGCUCGGGGGAGAGCUAAUCAUCCGGUUAGCCUGGUAUACGGUCCACGGUCGGCACGUGUAUAGCGGGCCUAUUAUUGAGAUUGACGUGCCGGGAGAGGAUAGUGUUCCUGCGAUAAAUGUAUCUUAGGUGACCAUGCUGUUUUGACUACGGUAUACUCCCGAAAAAGGAUCUUUUAAGAUUGAAUCUGAUCGCGACCUAAGUAUCAUUACAUGGGGAACAACCUGAAAGAAAAAAAAAAUUAAAAAAUAAACGGACCCAAGAGCUUAAAUCAACGACGAUUAAUAACUCCAGAAAUCCUCCGUGUGCUUACCAUGGUAUCUGUUCAGUUAUAUCUCAGGGUCCAACCAACCAUACCCUAGCCAGGGUGGACCUCGUAUUCUCAUCCAAUGCUAAUACCGAGACA